UGUAAUUUAGUGUCACGGCAAUCGUCUAUAGCUUAACACACUUUCCUACUUUAGGUGGUACUACAAUAGGAGUAGGUUAUUCCAGUUGGAGAAAAAAUAAGUCAGAUAUCGUUUCAAUAUUAAAAAGAAAAUAGUUAUGUCUUCGUUGCCGAGCAAGACCUGGAGCAUCCAGUUUCGUGAGCUGGCCAGCUCGCCGAUCACCAUUAUAGCCAUGACCUGUGUCCUGGGCUAUGUGGUCUACAUGAAGACUCGCCGCCAGCACGGAACCUACGACGAUGAGGACUAUGAGGCUGCGGGACUAAUCAAGAAGAGAAUUACCCCACUGAAGGGUCUGCGCCUGACACGCAUGGAACUGGCCAAGUACGGCAGCCAGAAUGAAGACGGAAUAUAUCUGGUGGCGCUCAAGGAUGUCAUCUAUGAUGUUUCGAUGUCAAUGGACUUCGGUCCUGGCGGAAAAUAUUGCAAGAUGGCCGGCACCGAGCUGACCCUCUUCACCGAGAGACUCGCCUACUGGGAUGGACGCGAUGAAGAGUCCGUUUUUUAUGAAUGGAAAAUGAAGCUAGACGAUUUUUUCAACGUGGCUGGACACCUCAUUGAUGGCGAAGUCAAAUCCGAUGAGAAAAAGGUCGAAGAUGAGAAGAAACAUUUGGGUGAUAGACCAGAGACUGAAAAGGAUAAAGAUGAAGACUCGGAGGAAGACGAUGAGAAUCCUUCUGAGGACGAGAAUUUUAAGAAUCUGGAUACUAUUCCGGAAGAGAAGUUACACGAGGCCGGAGACACUAUAAUCUUGGAUUCUGAGAACCCGAAUGCCGAUGCUGCCAAUUUGGAGAUUGAGAUUCCAGAGCUAUCGCUCAAGGACUUGCCUCCACUCGAUGAGGGAAUCAAUUCCGAUUGUGACUCCUUGCGCACCGCCUACGAUUGUCUGCCAGGCCAGGACGAUCGUAACGAAGAAACUGACGACACCGAGGACGAUUACUGUGAGGCCAACCAGGGCGAUAACGAUCCCGAAGACACUGAAGACAAUCCCGCAACUGAUGAGGACUCUCAUGCUGCGGAGGCCCAGGCCACCAUCAAUACUGACAUAAGCUGGAACGAUAGCGAUGCCACCUUGGUGGCCACCCGCUAAACCAAACAAAAUCUCCAACUCACAUCGCUCCAUUGAAAUCCAGACGAAAGUGCCACUUAACCCAUCAUAAGCCACAUAUAUGAACUUAAGCCCUCAGUCAUAAUAACACCAACAUAAAUAAAUAUCUCUUCGAUUUAAUGUGUAUCUGCAUUUGCAGCGGCUACACUAAAAAACAAAUAUGUACUUUUAUAUUGAUUUAAAAAUAAGUCAGAUAAUGUACAUAAAAAAACUUUAGUUUGAGUUUCAAAGGA